UCCCCGGGCCUGCCCCGGCUCGUCCUCUUCCAACCCCCAGCGGGGCGCGUGGUCGACUUGCGGGGAGCUCUAGGGCUGCCCGGGAGUGGGCAGGGGUGCCCGGCGACGGGAUGGGGAGAGGGGGUACGGGGCAGGUCUGAGUCUGGGAGGAGGGCUGCGGGCCGGGGUCUCGGGGCCCGAACGUUUCCCAGGUUUCCCGCGGGGAGAGCGGAGCGGUCUGGGUCCCCUCCGGCCCCGGAUCCCUGCCUCCAUCCCGGAGGACAAGCCCGUGGCGGCCAGGCUCUGCGGAGGUUGCUGCCUCCCCAGCCCUUUCUCACUUCUCGGACACGGGCGCUCGCGAUUUACUCGCUUUAUUGCUCCCUUUUCUCCUGCGAGCGCCCAGGGCAGCAGAGGGACCGACCGAUCUCCUCUAGAGCCCGCGACUCCCCUGCCCGCCCCGCCCCACCGUCCCGGCCGAUCCGCCCGUGCGCUCGCGCGCUCGCUGGGUUUGCGGCGGGGCCGGAGCCCUCGCGUGGUGGGAACAACCAGUGGGCAGCGGAAAGCAAAGGCGCCCGGGCGGGGACGCUCGGUUUUCCGAGCCCCACUUUCCUUUCGCCGCCCACUGGGAUGUGUAGUUCUUCCUCUCGCCCACUGGCUCCGAGAGGAAAUACGAUUUGGGGACCAAAAAACUACAAAUCCCUGCAUCCCCCGCGACGAAAGCGGGAGAGGCGCGGUGCGGGGCGUUCUGGUGCUCGGAGACUGGAGAUGCGAACUAACAAAGGGAAUGGUUGGGGGCGGCUGUGGCUUCCCGGGGCUGGGUACUUUACACGUUACACACAUUCUUUAUCUGAUCUUUGCUGCAACGCUGCGAGGCACUACUGUGUGCAGUUUAGAGAACGCUCUACUUGCCAGAGAUCUCAGAGUGCCCCUGUGGUGGAGAUGAGAUUGAACCCAGAGCCCUGAGAAUUUCCUUUUUUAAAAAGCGCUGCCUCGGUAAGCCUUGUCAAAGGUAGAAAAGAACUGGGUGGGAUCAGUUGGAAAGAACUUCCUGCAGUAAGGGAAAAGUGGUAAGGAUGGCAAUUAUAGUGGGACAUGAAGUCAUAAGGAGUUAUGGAAAAAGUGGAAUUCACAAGGGUCCAUUCCAGAGCAGGUUAGGGGUAUGGGUCCUACGAUCAGAAUCGGGAUUCAGUGAUUUUAGGUUUUGUAUGAUCUAUGAGCGUAUGAUAGGAACAAUUAAGUACUUUGUGACUGCAGUAUUUUAAAAUGACAAAGACAACAACUAGCAAAGCUUAGACAUUUCAAGUGAAAAGUCUCAUAUGCUUACCUGUUCUUUAGCUCAUGGGAUCAAGGGGAUGUUAUUCUUACUCAAUGUAUAGAACAUACUUUUUCUCCCUGUGUCCAAUUAGUAUACUAGCUCCAACAACUAUCUGGCUUUAAAAAGACUUCUAUCUUGGUUCUCAGUGAAGUCUUAGUUUUUCUGGUAUCACUGUUGUACUUUUAAAAAGUCCUUCUCUGUUAGAGACACUAAAGUAUUUGCAAGUGCUUUAAAAUACUCCAGCCCAUCCAUCUCCAAAACCAUGACCAUAUUGAUGAAACAAUACUGGCAACCUAUGGAAAAUUGUUACAUUGGGUGGUACAUGUGAAUUAGUAAUGUAUUGUUGCAAAUUAUCACAAAUUAAGAAACUCAAUAACAGUUUAAUAUCUCACACUUUUUAUGGGUCAGGUGUCCAGGGACGUAGGGUCCUCUGCUUCGGGUCUUAACCUACCAUCAAGGUGUUGACAAGGCUGUGUUUUAUCUGGGGGCUCAGCUAGGAAAGUGUCAGCUUCCUCACUCAGGGCCUGGCAGAUUUCAUUUCCUUGCAGCUGUAGGAUGGAAGACCCUGGCUUUUUCUGGCUGUCCACUGGAGACUGCUGUCAGCUCCUGGAGGGCACCUGGAGUUCAUUGUCAUGUGCCCUUUCCUAACAUGGCCACUGACUUCAUCAAGCCAGCAUGGAGAGUCCCCAGAGUAAGUUUGUUAGCAAGAUGGAAUCUUAUACAACAUAAGUAAUCACACAAGGGCGAUAUCAAAUUGACAUACUCUGUUGGUUAGAAGCAGGUUUUUUGUUUGAGAAACAAGAUGGAGACACGUAGAAAGUCGAUAAUGAAUUUCUUCCUGAUGCGAUAAAAAUAACUAUCUUUUCGGAAGUAUCUUCUUUAUUAGGUAGAAUCCUGGUUCUUGAGACAUUUAGCUCACUAGAUCCAGAGGACAAUCCAAGGAGGCAAGGAUUCUUAUCAGUAUUUCACAGGGGCGUAAACAAGCUCAGAGAAGUGGGGUGAUGUGCCCAGGGGCUCAUAGCUAGUAAGUAACCAAGUCAGGAUUCUCCAGCCAGGCACGUGUGUGGGGUUCCAACCCUUUCUACUCCAGCCCACUGCACAAUGAAAAGAGUAUACUGUGUCUGACUAGCUGCCUGCUGAGUAGACUUUGCUCAAAGUGCGGCUGGGGGCUGUGGCCAUUUGGAUAUGCAGAACCAAGGGGGCAAGGAACUCAGGACAGUGGGAAUGGUGGGGGAAACACAUGGCGAUUCUAGUUGGACUAGAACUGACAAGAUUCGAGAGCAAGUAGUUUACUUAGGAAGGGAUUCCAGAAAACACCGGUGACAGUGAAGUGAAAUAGAGGGGAAGAAGCUUCUAGAGCAUGCAUUAUGAAGCAGGUUACCAGCACAGGGGACUGAGGCUCAGACCCUCCAGGGGGCACUGGGGAGUGGUGCAGAAUCCACCUCACAGCUCCCCACUGCAGGGUGUGGGGCGCGAGGGGUUUGUGAGGAAGCUGACCUUUGCCCACCAACCUAGCAGCUGCUAGUUGAGAACUGAGAGCCUUACUCUACCUUCUUAACACCUGAUCAACCCUUCUGAAGCUGAUUUAGUCAGCACUGCCGUGGGCACUCAGAACACCAAGCUGGGCCUCCCUGGAUUGUUGGGGAUAUCGUUGAUUCCCUGUUUCCACCUGACUCAGUGGGCCCACCGACAACAAGGUUCUGUUAUUAACAAGAUUAGAGCUUUGGUCCUUUCAUCCGAGCAGCUCAAAGCAUUCCGCAGACCCACCUCGGUCAUUCUCAGAAUUUACCUCCAGGUAGCGGAAAGGAAGAAUGGUCUUAAGUAUGGUUUAAGGAAAGAACAUUCAGAUCCAGGACAUUAUAUAUCUUAUAUACCUUUUGAGGUCAGGAUGAAGUGCUUCCAGGGCGGUCCAGGAUGAAGUGCUUACUAUGGAGGUCAAAGGGACAAGGUCCUCUAAGGAGAACUUUGAAGUCAUCCUGAAAGGGCUUUCUUCCGAGAACUCUAGGAUGGCAGGAAGUAACUGCUGAAACUCCUGUAUUAAACAGAAUUCUCCAGAAAAUCAGACACCCUAAUCCCUUCCAACCCAGAGGGUUGGCUCGCAAUUUUUACAUGUGCUCAGCACCUCUGGGAACAUCAAGGGUCAAAACACAUAAGAUGUUUAAAGUAAUAAACUUAGGACUAUAGGAAAAAAGUGGAUGAUGCAGAAAAAACAUAAUCCAAAAUUUUCUUAUAAUAGGCAAAAACAGAGGGAGACAACCAUAAAAGACUUUUCAUCUCAGGAAACAAAC